AAUUCAAGUAAAAAAAAAAAAAAAAAAGAAACCCUCGUCUUGUCCGGUCUUACUUAAACCUUUAGUUAGGGGUUUUCCACGAUUUCUAGCUUACUACGCCCUCCCCAUUCUUCCCAGAUCGUAGAUUCGUAGUUCAGAUGGCUGCGGGAUUUGCUUCAAAAUGGUCUCUCGUGGGUCGUUCAUUGUUGGGUGGCCUCAACAACUUGUCUAGUUUACUUGGCACAUCGAAUGGGAUAACUUGCAGCCAUUCCUUAUCACAGCAGCAAAGGACUUUCAUUCAGAUGCGAACGGUUCUCAAAGUUGUGGACAACUCUGGGGCUAAAAAGGUGAUGUGCAUACAAGCUUUAAAGGGGAAGAAAGGUGCAAGACUGGGAGACACAAUAGUUGCAUCAGUCAAGGAAGCCCAUCCAAAUGGAAAAGUAAAGAAGGGAAAGGUUGUAUAUGGCGUGGUUGUACGUGCUGCAAUGCAACGUGGCCGCUGUGAUGGCAGUGAGGUGAAGUUUGAUGACAAUGCCGUGGUGCUUGUCGACAAGCAAGGCCAACCGAUUGGGACCAGAGUUUUUGGGCCUGUCCCGCAUGAGCUGAGGAAGAAAAAGCAUGUCAAGAUUCUCACUUUGGCGGGGCAUAUUGCCUGAAGUAUGGAGCACACUGGACACAUGAUACAGGAGUGACAGAAUAGGCAUGGAUCAAGUGGAUCGAGCAUAUGCGACAUUAUACUCUUGAAAUUUGGUUGAAUAUGUCCGCUCUUAUAUAUUUGUCAUGCUAUUUUGGAAGGAAAACAAAUAUGAGGAAAAAAAAUGCAAUGAUGUCAAAAAAUAGAGCAUUCGCAUCACAGAUUGGCCAUAUGACUGCUUGUAGCAAACGGCUGAGGACACGCUAUUUUCAAUGAAAAACAUCAGUAGGUGAAAA